AUGUAUGAGAGGUUAGGGCUAGGAGAGUUGUCACCUACACGCAUGUCUUUGUCGCUAGCCGAUAGGUCCAUCAAGUAUCCACGAGGUAUCAUAGAAAACCUUCUAGUCAAAGUGGAUAAGUUUGUCUUCCCGGUAGACUUCGUAGUUCUUGACAUGGAAGCCGACGAAAAGGUUCCCAUCAUUCUAGGACGCCCAUUCUUGUGUACCGCCAAGGCCAUCAUCGAUGUCUUCGACGGGAAAAUCACACUUCAAGUCGGCGAGGAGAGGGUGACUUUCGAGAUAGCACGCUCCAUGGAACACCCUAGUAGUUCCGACGAUCUUAGUAGUCCUUCCGACCUAGUCGAGAGUAGGAUAGAGGAGGUAAUUGAGAAGGUAGAGGAGAGUGUUAGUGAGAGUAAAGAGGUAGACGAGGACGAGUGGGUUCCCGAAGUGCUAGAAUUGAGUGAAAUAAAGAGUGAAAGUGAGAGUACACCCGUAGAGAAGCCCGCCCCUUUAGAGCUUAAAGUCCUCCCGUCCCACUUAGAGUAUGCUUUCCUAGGUGAGGGGUCCGAGUUUCCCGUCAUUAUUUCGUCUAAGUUAGAGGAGGGAGAAAAGGGUAGACUCUUAGAGGUGUUGAGAGUGAAUAGGGAAGCUAUUGCAUGGCGCCUUUCGGAUAUCAAGGGCAUAAGCCCCGCCUAUUGCACCCACCGAAUCCUCAUGGAAGAUGACUAUAAGCCGGUGGUGCAACCUCAAAGAUGCAUGGUUGCCAUCUUCCAAGACAUGCUUGAGACUUCCAUGGAGGUCUUUAUGGAUGACUUCUCAGUUUAUGGCACCACGUUCGACCAAUGCCUUUCCAACCUAGAUAGGAUGCUUAAGAGAUGCAUAGAGACGAACCUUAUGUUGAAUUGGGAGAAGUGUCACUUUAUGGUGACGGAGGGAAUAGUGCUAGGACACAAGGUGUCGAGAGAGGGAAUAGAGGUGGAUAGGGCCAAGAUAGAUACCAUAAGUAGAUUGCCUCCACCUACUAGUGUUAAGUCCGUUAGGAGUUUCCUAGGUCAUGCGGGCUUUUAUAGGCGUUUCAUAAAGGAUUUUUCCAAAAUCACACGCCCGAUGACUAGGCUUUUAGAGAAGGAUGUACCUUUUGUCUUCGACAAGGAGUGCAUCAAGGCGUUUGACUUCUUGAAAGAGAAACUCGUUAGUGCCCCAAUACUUGUGUCGCCCGAUUGGAGCUUACCCUUUGAGCUCAUGUGUGACGCAAGUGAUUAUGCCGUAGGUGCGGUCCUAGGUCAAAGAGUCGAUAAACACUUUCAUCCGAUUUACUACGCGAGCAAAACUCUGAACGAUGCUCAAGAGAACUAUACCACAACGGAAAAGGAACUCUUAGCCGUAGUGUUUGCGUUUGACAAGUUUCGCUCAUAUCUCGUGCUUUCUAAAACCACCGUGUUCACCGAUCACUCCGCUCUGCGCUUUCUUUUCCAAAAGAAAGAUGCGAAGCCACGUCUUAUUAGGUGGAUUCUUUUGCUCUCCGAGUUCGAUAUAGAAAUUAAGGAUAAAAAGGGAGCGGAAAAUGUGGCCGCCGACCACUUGUCACGGUUAGAGGACCCUAAGAGAGAGGAAGUUCGUGAGGAUACCAUAGGAGAUACCUUUCCCCACGAAACCAUAGAUUUUGUGAGUGCCAAGGUAGAGGGUUUGCCAUGGUUUUCGGAUUUGGCAAAUUAUUUGGCAACCGGAGAUCUUGUGAGGGGGAUGUCGUUCCAACAAAAGAAAAAGCUUCUUAGGGAGGCUAGGAAGUACAUAUGGGAUGAUCCUUACCUCUUUAGGAUAGGAGGAGAUAGAGUGCUUAGGAGGUGUGUCGCUAAGGAGGAGGGUUUAGACAUCCUUAGGCAUGUGCAUGAAGGUUUAACUGGGGGUCAUCACGGAGCACAUGUGACGGCACAAAAAGUUUUCGAUAGUGGGUUUUAUUGGCCGACGCGGGAAUAG